UUAUGCAUCUUUUAAUGCAAAAUUAUUUAACAAAAUUUUUGAGAGGAGGAAGGAAGUUAGCCAGUAUAUUACCUUUUUUCCGUAAAUUAGCAAUAAUGUAUUAUUAAAUAUAGGUUGUUUAAGAAAUAAAAACAAAUUCCAAAUAUAUAAAAGUAUACUAACAAAAUUCGGCUGGAAAAAUCUGGGAUAUUUUGUAUAUUAAAAGAAUCUCAUUGACACGGAAGCAGUGAUACAACGUAAACAGGUGUUAGUAAGACUAACAUGUGGAGGAAGCAAUUCAUUGAAAAAGUAACAUAUUGCGUUGUUCCUUCUUUUAAUUUGCAUACAAUCAUGUUCGCAUUAAUUAGUCAUAAAACCCAAAUGCUUAAUAUUCAUUUCGGUUUCGUGUUACCUAACGUUUUAAGAGGCAAUUAAGAUCACCGAUUUCUCAGACAGCACACUUUUCGCUUUCGACCAAGUCUUCCCUUUUUUUUUUUUUUUUUUUUUUUGCCACUUAGAUCCACGGAGGUCAUUGUAAUUUUCCUGCACACGUACAGCAAUCACUGUCAUUACUACAUGCAUGUAUACAUCCUGUUUGAAUACUUAUCCCUUCCUCGGAGCUAUUCCUUCGUACAACAUCGAAGGCUCUGCUCGAAAAAAUAGUACCAAUCGAAGAAACAAUGGAGAAACGAAUAAGAGAGAUCGUUCUUUUCGUUUUUUUGACGGUGUUUGCAUGGAAAAAUUAUAUAUCGUGUAUAGAGAUUUCCUCGCAGAUUGUAUUUGAUUCUCAAGAAAAUGAACGAGACUCGAACGAUUUCUACUUGAAAGAUUCUCUUAAUUUAAACCAAGUUAAUGAUCAAUUAGCAACGACUCGACAGAUUCCUAAAUCCUUUAUCUUCGCGAUAAACAGUGAGAGUGCAUUUAGAACGUCGAAUAAAAAAAGGAGUCAUUUUAUACAAGACGAUUCGACGAAGCAGCCAACUGUUAUUAAUAAUAUUCAAAUUAUUGUGAGUGAAAAUGGAACAAAGUCCGGCAUAGACGUAUGCAAAAAUGGAAUUUGUAACAUCUCAGUCUCGUCAAGACUCAAUAACGAAGGUAACAUCGUAACCGACGUUCAUCUUACCGUAAUAACGAAAUUAGAGGCCGAUUUUAAGACGAAUGAUAUUCCAAUUGUGGAUGGAGUUCGUGGUGUAGCAAAUACGUAUGAUCUUGGUCUUCGUCAUCUAAAUCGUUCACGUCCGUCGACAUAUUUAUACAACACUCCACAGAUCCAAAGUCGUUACCAAGGCGGUGAACCUUGGUACCAAGGCCGAAGGAGUUUUCAAAGACCUCGAAUUAAACCUGUUGUUGACGACAAAAUAGAAUCGCCUCUUAGCAAAACUCAAUGGAACAAGGAAUAAAAAUCAAGAGAUUAUUAAUGUACGAUGUUCCUCUUGUGAACAAUAUCAUCGUGUUUAAUAAAAUACAAAUAACGACUUUAUAUUUACUUGAUUGCUUUACAAAAAGAUUUCAAACGAGACAAGAAAUAUUCACAACUGUUUCUACAGGCAUUUAGAUAUAGAUAUUGCCCCAUUCGUAGCUAUUAGAACACCUAUAGAAACCAAGAUAAGAAAAACAAAUCAUUAGGAACUUGCUGAAAAUCUAGCAUUAUUACUUUGUUUAGAACUUUAUCAGUAAACUGUGGAUUUUUAUGCAUUUACGCAUUACUUGCAUUCAUAGAAAUAUUAUAUAAUUUGCAUAAAAAUCCGUGGUCUACACGGUUAUGAGCGAUAGAUCGAAGCUUUUCCCUUGUCUAUAUUUUCUUCUCUUUCCAUCGCUGAUCGAUCUUGGUAUUUAUACUAUAAGAUAUUCUGUUACAUUUUCCGUUUUUCCGUUUCAUGCGUUUAUGAAUCUUAUGUAUCAUUAUUAUUAUAAAUUUUGC